CGAAACUGGGGCUGCCUCCGAAGCGUUCACAACAUGUUGAACGUUCCGACCCAGUCGUUCCCUGCCCCGAGUUCCCAGCAGCGGGUCGCUCCGUCCGGCCAGUCCGGGAGGAACAAGGUGGCCCUGAAGCCCGGGCACAGUCUGAUGGACUGGAUUCGGUUUUCCAAGAGUGGAAAAGAUCUGACCGGGCUCAGAGGGCGUUUGAUUGAAGUUACCCAGGCAGAGCUGCAGAAACACAACACAAGAGAUGACUGCUGGACCUGCAUACGAGGUAUGGUUUACAAUGUGACCCCCUAUAUGGACUACCACCCCGGUGGAGAAGAGGAGCUGAUGAAGGCAGCUGGGAUAGAUGGCACUGACUUGUUUGACCAGGUGCAUCGCUGGGUGAACUACGAGUCCAUGUUAAAAGAGUGCCUGGUGGGCAGGAUGGCCACAGCUAUUAAAGCUGUCAUCCCUCCUCCACCACCGACUGGCCUCGCACCGCCUAUCUCAGCAGCUCCUCCCUCUGUCAAAGACUCUCGGCCUCGGUACGACUGGUUCCAAACUGAUGCGACUGUUCAUCUGGUCGUUUAUGCUAAAAGGAAGAUCCCCAGCACAGGCUGUACCAUUGCAGACCUCGAGGCGGGUGUUCUACGACUAGAAGUGCUGCUGGGGAAAAUGUCCUACAUGAUACAUUUACGUCUAGCUGAUGAAGUUGAGGGAAACCUUGCUGUGCACACUGCCUUCUCAGUGGGAAAGAUCCAGCUCAGCAUACGCAAACAGGCUAAAGGAAAAUGGACAAGUCUUGGUCAACCACUGGAAUUUCACAAUACAUUUGUACUGAAAAAAGACAGAGCUCUCUACUAUCGGGAUUGUGCGUUGGUGUCCAAGACCAAGGUGAACCACAACACCCAUGUGUUCAGAUUGCAGCUUCCACGUGGGACUGUCAUGCAUGUGCCUGUUGGAAAACAUGUCUACCUCAAAGCCCUCAUUCAAGACACUGAGGUAGUGCGACCAUAUACUCCAGUAGAUCAGAGCUUGGCAGCAUCCUCCUCCUCCUCCUCACAGGAAUCAGACCUCUACCUCAUGAUCAAAGUUUACCCUGACGGGGUGUUCACCCCACAUCUCGACAGCCUGCACAUCGGUGACCAUAUAGCUGUUAGUGGUCCAGAGGGUAACUUCAGUCUCCGCCCCCUUCGUGAUGUCACUUGCCUUUACCUCUUAGCAGCAGGCACCGGGUUCACGCCCAUGGCGCGCCUCAUCCAGCUGGCCCUGCAGGACAUUGACACCAUCAGACAAACCAAGCUGCUCUUUUUUAACCGACAAGAGGAGGACAUACUGUGGCGCUGUGAACUGGAUGAACUGGCUGCUGAUAAUGACAGGUUUCAGGUGGAGUACAUCCUCUCUGAGCCCUGUGAAAGCUGGACUGGCAGGAAGGGUCGGGUGGAUGAGUGCAUGCUCAGGGAGGUCCUCAACAGGCCAGAGGGGUCCAAAUGCUAUGUGUGUGUGUGUGGCCCCACUGCCUUUACAGAGCUGACGAUAGGGUUGUUGAAGCAGCAGGGCUUCAGGGAAGAGGAGCUUCAUGCCUUCCAAGGCUGAUGAGCUCUGCCUCAACCCAGCUCCACUCUGCAAAGACUGUGUGCCUGUCAGUGAGAGAGAAACAGCCAGUGUCAAUGUGUGUGUUUGUGAGAAGCAAAGGGAGCAUUGUAUUUCUAUGCACCAAGGACCAGAUUAUGCUGGGAGCAGACAACACACUCCAGGCUUCGAUGGGCUGUAAAAGAAAAUCUCAGUGCAGCAAGAUUUGUAUGAUUGUGAACAGUUUGGUCAGUGUCUGGACAAUAGAGCUCGUGACAACAGAGAGUUGAAACAUUGUAAAGGGGAGUAAAAUAUACUGAGACACAAGUUGAGAUGAUGUAAAAUGAUGAGGUAUAUGCAAUAUAAAACAAAUGAAUCUGAGCUUUGUAGUGUGCUGCAGAGGAUCUGCAGGCACUUAAUCUUCCAGUUACAUGAACGCAGUUACAGGAGAGUUAAAACCACUGCAGUGAAAUAAAAGACAUUUUAGUGAAAUCUGUAAAGCUUAGUCUCCCAUUCAUAAAGACUGGGGUCAUUUUCAUUAUUACUUCCAAUCAGACUCAUAAAGUUGACCUUUAUAAAAGUUGAUUUUGACCUUUUAAAGAGUAACUACAUACAUGCUUGUCCCUGCUGCUUAUUGUCAUUGAAACCAGUCACAUUGCUGCAACAGAAAGGAAACACUGUGAUGUAACACUGUACUGUAGUCAGUGUUACAUCAUUCUUCAGCACAUAAGAUGCUCUUCACGGGUAGAAAUCGUCCCCAAUGUAAAAAACAAAUGAACACCUGAGCUCCUUCUGGCCUCUUUCACAAAAGUCCAGCAAAAUGUUGCAGUGAUUCUGAGAUGCACCUCAGUGUACCAGGACACCAUCAGGGAUGUAACCUGUGAUCCAAUGGUGAUUCACUUCCUUCAACAUCAGGUAAACAGGUUGAUUGGUGACAGGUGACAGUAUCAUGAUUGGGUAUGAAAGGAGGAUCCUGGAAAGGCUCAGUGGUUCACCGGUGGUGAUGGAGUGAUGUUCACCACCCUGUGAACACAUGAUUGGAUUAAGGAUGUUAUGACAUCUCAGACACCUCGUCAAGCUUAUUUACAACUGGUUCAUUCUUGUUUUACACAGUGUCCCAACUCUUUUUUAGAAUUGGUGUUAAACCAUCCUGGAACCUCAUCGAUGCCUCCUCCUUGACUAGCAUCCCCCCCCCCCCCCAGAUUGCUGCCACCCCCCACCAGAGCCCUAUACCUCAGCUGAGAGUCAUUGACUUCCACUGCCUGUUGUACUCUCCACUUCCUCCCAGAUCAUCCAUCCAGAUCACCAACAACAAAAGAAAGAGUGUGGAGUUACUCUUAUAGUGUUAAUCCUUGAGAUCCUAAGUGAUGUGUCCUCAUUGCCUUUUGCAGGAAUUGCUUGUAAGUCUGCACUGUGUGUGCAACUUUAUUGUUCUCUCGAUGAAGAGUGGAGUCCACAUUGACUAAAGGGUCGCCACAUCACCGCCAGCAAAUAAGAAAAACAGGACAUUCACAAACUGUGUGGAAUGAGUGGGAAGGCUUUCUAACAGCACAACGCUAAUUUGAAGGUCAGGUCUGUGUGUCCCCAGAAUUACUGUCGCAAAUACAAACUCCUUUGAAAAGCAAAGACAUUGUGUAAAGAGUCUGUCCUCUUCAAACGUCUGUUUAAUACCUGUGCAUGCAGUUAAUGAUGACAUAUCAAUUUGCUUUCCCUGUAUGCUUUCAAAGGGAUUGUUUGUCCGAGUCAUUUGAUUUUCUCUGUGAACAAGAUGAAAAUUGUGUGCCUCCUGCUCUCUGCUUGAGUCUCUAAAGGUGGGAUUCUUCUGCUGUCCGUUGUGGCUCAGUUGUUACUUUUAUUCCAAACAAAUCACAGAAGGACCUCAUCUGGUAAAAACCCACCAGACACUGCAUACUAAGAACAGAAAGUGUGCCUGCUUAGACAGAAAGAGUAGUAAAACAGAUAUUCCCUUAUAUGAAAAUGUAAAUCCGGUUCCUGCCAGAGACGAUGAUUCACACACAAAGUAAACCCAACAUCAUCUCCAGCCAUCUGCUCUCAGCUUACAUCCAGUGUUAUUGAAGCCAGUUUUGUCCAGUCCUGUGCCAUGAAUGUAUGGAGGCCAUAAAACUGAUGAAAAAUGUGAACGACACUCUCAAGCCAGCAUUUUGUUUGUCCUUUCUGGGCUACUGUAAAAAACAUGGCGGUGGGACAUGGUGGACACCGUGGAAGAGUACCCGCUCCCUCAACAGGUAUAAAGAGCUCAUGCUAAGGUAAUGAAAACACAGUUCUUAUUUUCAGGUGAUUACACCAAUGAAAACAUAACUGUGGAUAUUACAUUCCAUUUCUGCCAAUGUAUCAAUGUAUCCCCCUAAAUCCUUCACGCUGGACCUUUUUUUAUCAUGCCACCAUAUAAUACAAAAUCCUCUCAAACUCCAAACGGGUCGAUAUCACACACUGGUCAAGUGUUAUAUAUUGCACUAAACUCGACUGGAAGGAAAACAUCUGUGUCGCAGUGGUAGAAGCCACAGGCAUAGAGCAAACUGGAUUACUGAUUACGGUGCUUAUUAUUGCUUUGUGGUUGGCUGUACAUUAGGAAUAGUGUAAUUUCUGUAUUUAUUUAUGCUGCAUGCUUUAUCUCCAUCGCUGACUUUGGGU